AUGGCCACCGAAGUGCAAGAGCAGGCGGAGCAGCUCCGCCUCCAGUCCUACUACCCGGAAAACGUGGCCCACAACGCCCAGCAGUUCUACUACAUUCGAUCGACCUCGCUCUCCAUCGCCGGCUCGGUAGCGGGCAUCCUGGGCCUGACCAACUUUUCCGGCCUGUACCUCUACGCCCUCUCGCUCGUCGUCACAAACAUCCUCAUCCUCACCAUCAACGCCAAGUCCACACCGCAACGCUACUUUGUCCAGCCCUUCUCCUCCCCCUCCUCCUCCUCGUCUCCGAACGCGGCGCCCGGGAAAGGAGCAGCGAGAAAGGCGGCGACGAGCGAAAAGUGGGGCACCAAACAGGUCGUCUCCACCCUCUUUGACGGCGCCCAGGAGAACGGCUUCAGCUUCGUCCUCUGGUGGACCUUUUGGUUCGCCGUCGUCCAUGUCUACGACUGA